GGUUGGGGCGUUGGUUUGGUUCUGAUCGGAUGUAAGAUUGCAGAUUGGCAUUACUUGCUGAGUCAGAAUAAGUCAAGCUCCACUGUGCACUGUGUAUGACUACUGCUGGUUUGAGACUCUCCGCCGGGAGGAGUUAACCGUCUAACCAGCCCGUAGGAGGUGUAAACCAUUGAGUUCUGGGAAACACCAUUGUAUGCCUUGCACGUUACCAAGUCUAUGGUUAGGCCUGACCUUGAUAUCUUGAUGAACAGACCUGCAGAGUGCACACUCACUGCUCAGAGUUUGUUGAAAUGAAACAUGCGGUUGAGUUAUUUGGACUGAUUCUUUAACGUCAUUGCAUUGAUGACGGGGUGGAAAUAUAUAGAUAUAUAAUGAUGUUAAAGGGGAUGUAUUUUUUGUUGCUUUAUUAUUUAAAUCAGCAAUUUUUUUUUGUUUUUGGAACAAUAGUCCCUAGGAUAACUGAAAUAUAUAAAUAAAAAAAAAGAAUAUCCACACAAAAUAUCUGUGCAAUAAUCGAUUACCAUUUUUUUUAAUUAUUGAGAAGAUGUGCAUUAGAAGUCUUGCCGUUAAUGACACAGUAGCAAGUGCUGCAUGUGACUCUGAUUCGUAAAAGUUUGAAACGGCUCUGCACAUUUGGUUUUUAGUGAGGAGGUUAUGAGAAAGGUUCAAUCAAAACCCACAGGCAGCCUACCAAGCCGUCCGUGGUAAGCAAUCUCUGUACUCUGAACAGGCCUUCUACAAUGCUAAGAGUUUUAUGGAAACUGGGGUGGCCAUAGUGAGGCAGCAUUUAGCCCACAGAUUCCCAGGGGACCUUCCAGCCCAGGUCCCCCACUCAUCCCACAAUACUGUGUUCCACUCAGACCACAAGGCUGGUCAUUCUUCGAGUGCAAAGAGGAGGUUUACCAAUAGCUCUCCAGUAAAUGACGGAGUCCAGAGUUAUUAAACAAGGAGAAUUUUAAUCUCUGUCGUUUCUGACUGUUUGGUUGUCUGCGUUUUAGUUUCUGGCAUCUCUUGGCACACAACCAGAAUAAAAGCCAAUUCAGAGUGGUUGGUCUUUUCAUGUGGCAGCAAUAUCCUCCCACUAAGAGAUUCUGUACUUUCGAAAGUGCUCUAUCAAUGUUAACCAACAUUCUCUGUCUUGGAGAAUGCAUAGUUUUGUGCAUGUGAUGAGUGACUUAAUAUAAAUCAUGAGACAUCAAGUGAAGUUGAAAAUCCUAAAGAGGAAAAUUAGCAUUCAAUAUUUUUAUUGAAUUAAUCAGUUUUGUGAUGCUCUUUGCAAAAGUUAACUAACCAUAUGUCAUUAUUAAGUCCUCGAAAUGACAAGACAACAAUCCUUAAAUGUGAAAGCUAAUGUGUGCAGUGGCGGUUUGAGAACUUCUGACAGUUCAUGUAUGUAUCGGUGGGUGGAAACUGUGGCUUCUGAGACAGACCUUUUUUUUUUGCUCAACAUAGACACACACCUCUAGCAUGUAAAGCCUGGCCUCCACACACAAUCAAACACAUACAUUCACUCGGCUCUAAGUCGUGCAUCAUGAGCUACGAUCAGAGACAUCGAUAUCCUGGAGUUUUUCAUGUGGAUGGGCAUCAAGAUCCGGAGUGCCCUCCGGUCCCCCCUCCACGAAUGGCCCCUUACUGGUCAUCCCCUGCAGCCCAUGAGAGCCACCGCAGGAAAACUAAUGGGUGCCUGGGCAUCAGUCACAGUGGGGUAACAGUUCUCUUGCUUCUGUUUCUACUGGUGUUUACCACCUUGGGAUUUGGAGCUUACCAGAUUCACAAUUUACAGGUGGAUCUGCGAUUAAUACAUAAAACUGAUAGGAUGCAUGACUCAGACACAAACAUUCUCACACCUGAAAAGCAAGUUGGGCUUGAAAAACCAGUGUUGGAGAAAGUUAAGGAGGAAGUAAGACCUGCAGCACAUGUCAUAGGGCGUAUCCAUAGCACCUCGUCGCCAAAGACCCACCUUCUGUGGGAGCCCAAGACGGGCCGCGCAUUCACAGAGGGAGGAGUCGUCUAUCAGGAUGGAGCUCUCCUGGUCAAUCACACAGGACUCCACCAUGUCUAUUCCAGGGUGGAGCUGAUGAGGCCGUGCUCCCCGACACACCACUUUGUUCACAGUGUGUUUGUGAGGCGAGCCGGGCGUGCCGACCCACUGAUGCUGAUGGUGGGCAACAGAAAAGAUGCGUGCAAUGACAAGACAAAGGACAGCGUGUGGACCUCAGACAGCUACCUGGCGGCCGCACUGCAUCUUCAGAAGCAGGACAGAGUGUUUGUGAACGUCUCCCACCCCAGGGACCUGAGCCACAAUCAUUACGCCAACUUCUUUGGUCUCUACAAAAUCUAGCAUGGAAUGACUUUGACAAUACAUGCGUAAAUUAUUUCAUUAUUUUCAUUCAAUAAAGGGUUUUUCAGCCAGAAACAUA